AUGCACACAGUGUCCUGGGUUGUUCUGGUGUUUGUUUAUGCUGCUGCUGCUGCUGGGGAUUUCUUUAAGGAGGAAGAUGACCAGGAAAUGGUCACUGUGACCUCACAAGUUGAGGAGCAACUUCCUCCAGCUGCUGCUCCUGUUACUGCUGCUGCUGCUGCUGCUCCUGUUGCUGCUGCCCCGUGCCUUCCCGUCCCCGUGUUGCAGCCCCCUGCAGAGCUUCCUGGUCACUGGAAGGAGCACCUCCCAUCCUUCCAGCAGGACUGGAUCAGGAAAGCUAUUUUCUGCAGAAAUGCGAAAACUGGGAGGUCGGAGCUGAGGCCCCAUCCUCAGUUCUGGUGGUAUCCUCCUCAGCCCCCGACUGUGUUCACCCAGCCUCCAGCCUCUCCAGAUGUCUUCUUCAGCUGCCAUUUGUUUCUCUGGAUGCCCCUAAAGAUGUGGUCCAUUCCACUUGUCUGCGUCCAGCCGGCCUGCGGCAGCCACAGGCUAACGGCUGCCGGCCUGUACCAGACCGUCCGCAGGGUCUUGGACAUAGACGGGUGGUAUGACCUGGCCACAGAGUAUCUAGAGUGCAAGAAGAAGUACCCGGCCUGGUCGGAGGACAUCCUGAAACAGCUGGACCUGGGGCACCGCAGCAAAUUUCCAGCCAUCCUCACAUACAGAUACUCCUGUGACUUCCGUGUUGUGGUGCUGAUGCGAAACCAGGAGAGAAGCCAGGGGAACAGUGUCACACAGCUGUACAACAAGCUGACGGAGGAGCACAGCGCAGCGUGGAUGCACCGUGCUUUAGAGUACCUCACAGCCUGUGAGCCCUUUGCAGACUCCUCCGUCGUCCAGCCGCCGACGUUCUCCAGCCCCCCGCCUCUCCUGCCUCUCCCCAAACCCAAGUGGCUGCUGUCUGUGUACGCCCGGGACGUGCUGUCGCGGCUGCCUGAGGUCAGGGCCAAAAUCACGUCGGUCUUUGGCUCUGUCCUCAAAAUGGACUCCACCAAAAAGGUCACCAAGAAGCUGGCCGGUGCCGCUGCCAACACCGCUGGCUGGUGCACCAAUGUUGGCAAUGAGCACGUUGCGGAGGGCCACGGCCUGUGGCCUACGGCAGCAGGCUUGGUGAGGCGCUACCGGGAAGCGGGACUGGCGCCACCUUCUGUGAUGUAUGUGGACUGGGACUGCUGCAGCCUGCGUGCUCAGGGCAGCCAUGUUCAGCGAGUGGACAGAGCUGCAAGUGCGCCUGGACGUCUGGCACUUCAUGCGUCGGUUUGCAGCAGGAGUCAUCACAGAGGCUCACCCGCUCUUCGGCACCUUCAUGGCGCGGCUGUCCAGGGGUCAAAGUUCAGGUGA